GGGGCGGAGCGGGCCGGGAGGCGGCGGCGGAGCGGCGAUGGAGCCCCGCCGGCCUCGGCGCUGAGCUUCCCCCCCCCACCUCGCCGCGGCAUGGCCGGCCUCAUCAAGAAGCAGAUCCUGAAGCACCUGUCCCGGUUUACGAAGAAUCUCUCUCCAGACAAAAUCAACCUGAGCACGCUGAAGGGGCAGGGGCAGCUGACCAACCUGGAGCUGGACGAGGAGGUGCUGCAGAAUGUGCUGGAGCUGCCCACCUGGCUCGCCAUCACCCGGGUCUACUGCAACAAGGCGUCCAUCAGGAUCCAGUGGACAAAACUGAAAACACACCCAAUCUGCCUGUACCUGGAUAAAGUGGAGGUAGAGAUGCGAACAUGUGAAGAGCCUCGGCCACCCAACGGACAGUCUCCCAUUGCUCUUGCUGCAGGUCAAAGUGAAUAUGGCUUUGCUGAAAAGGUCGUCGAGGGGAUGUUUAUUGUUGUCAAUUCCAUCACUAUCAAGAUUCACUCCAAGGCCUUCCAUGCUUCUUUCGAACUAUGGCAGCUCCAAGGCUACAGCGUCAACCCCAACUGGCAGCAGAGUGACUUGCGGCUCACCCGCAUUACAGAUCCGCAGAGAGGAGAGGUUUUGACAUUCAAAGAACUCACCUGGCAGACACUUCGGAUAGAAGCAGAUGCCACCGACAAUGGUGAUCAGGAUCCUGUUACUACUCCUCUGAGACUCAUUACCAACCAGGGGAGGAUCCAGAUCUCUCUUAAGAGAAGAACCAAAGAUUGCAAUGUGGUGGCAUCGAAGCUGAUGUUUCUUCUUGAUGACCUUCUCUGGGUGCUGACAGACUCUCAGCUGAAAGCAAUGAUGAAGUAUGCAGAGUCUCUGAGUGAAGCCAUGGAGAAGUCUGCCCAGCAGAGGAAAAGCUUGGCACCGGAGUCUGUACAGAUCACACCGCCUGCUCCGAGUACCCAGCAGUCCUGGUCGCAGCCAUUUGGAGUCAGCCCGAAUGCAAGCAGCAUUGGUCAAUACUUUGAUAAACAUGACAUGAAAGAGUCGUCAUACCACCUCCUCAUCUCACGCCUGGAUCUGCACAUUUGUGAUGACAGCCACACUCGAGAGUCAGGCACUUUGAAGCACGGGAUGCUGGGCGGUGCUAUGCAGCUGACCUUCAGGAGGAUGGCUUUUGACUAUUAUCCUUUCCAUAGGGCAGGAGAUGCCUGCAAGCAUUGGGUGAGGUACAGCGAGGCAAUGGAAGCACGGGGUCAGUGGGCAAAAAGGUUGGUCAGUGAAUUUCAAAGCAAGAUUGAGAAGCAUUACGAAGAAACAGACUCUGCCUUUGCCAAGACUCCACUUUCCCCCUUCAAAAGGAAACCAGAUACAUCUCCAAGUCCUCAUAAAAGCCCCUUGGAGAAAGGCCGUGUACCUCCUUCAAGUUUGCCACAACUUCGGCACCCUCCCUGGAACCGGCUUCGAUCCAGCUGUGUGGUAGUUCGUGUGGAUGACUUGGAUGUUCACCAGGUUUCUACAGCUGGUCAGCAUAGUAAGAAACCUUCAACCUUGCUUUCAUGUAGUAGAAAAUUCCUCAACCUUCCUGAUCAGGUCUCUGCAAUCCAUAUUGAAUUCACAGAGUAUUACUUCCCAGACAAUCAGGACUUUCCAGUUCCAUGCCCAAACCUGUAUGUACAGCUGAAUGGUUUGAUGCUUACCCUGGAUACAGCAAGCAUGCUCUGGAUAAACCUCUUCUGUCUGGAUCUUUAUCGCAGCUUGGAGCAGUUCAAAGCCAUCUACAAGCUGGAGGACUCAGGCAAACGUGAUGAGCAUAUUGACGUCCGACUGGAUGGCUUCCGGCUGAAGCUCAACAUCCCUGUGGAGAAGAAAGUCACUGACCACCAAGACCGUCCGCAGACGCUCUGCAUCCGUGUGACGGAGAUGACUGCCACCAACACCCGCCACGCUCCCUUCUGCAGCUGCCAGGACCUCCAGAGCCUCUUCCGUAAAUUUGCCAGUUCAGAAUUCUUCCACUCCAGCUACAGCCAGUUCCCGAGGUCUCAGGACAACUUCAGCCUCCUCCACACCCUCUUCUUGCGCCAUGCAUACGAGGUGGAUGACAGACCUCAGAAGCAUACGGGUUUUCCCCAGCCAUUGCGCAAAAUCUCUGCCUCUGAAGAUCUGUGGUCUAUGAAUUUCACUGAGCUUUCCCUGGACUUCGAGGGUGCUGAGAGCUCUAAGGGCAGAGCCCUUAGCUUUAUUGACCCAUUUCCCCUCUCCAUUUGGGCCUGUCUUCCCAAGAGAUGGGGGCAAGCUCAGUUAUCUAAACGACAAGAAUCGUCUGCCUCUGAUAUAAAAAUCAAGCCUUCUGCCAGUUUCAGCAAUCACUCCAAGAAUGAAAACCUCUCCAGAGAGCAUGGGGUUUGCCAAAGAUCAAGGACUGACCAGGAUCUGAAGAACGUCUACAAGGUCGCAGAGACGAUGGAUGUCUUGGGAGAGUCUGAGUGUAAAAUUGAUGAUGGAGUAGAUGAUAAAGAGCUGGAAGCCUCUGCUGAUAUCCAUGUGCUUUUGUCCUCGUCUGUUCACGUCAAAGUUCGGCUCAACCACUACCAAUACUUGGUGCUGCUCAGGAUGAAAGAAGUUCUGCAAACGCUACAGGAACAGCUGGCCCAGGAUACCCAGGAGGUGACUGGGUCUCCUUUAGAUCCCAUGUCUGCCUCUGUGGGAGUUCUGUUCCACAGUGCCGAAGUGGCCCUGCUCAUGAACCCCGCUCCAGGCUCCUGCCUGGAACCCAGAUCCCUCGACUCAGACACAACGAGCCUGAUCGAGUCGGAGCUCUCGCCCUCAGACAGCAAGGAGGGGCUGGCAGCUGAAGAGAAGGAGCAGAAAUCUGAGACCGGUUCCGAGAAGGGAAUGUGCGGGACCUCAAAGGUCCCAGAGGACCGUGAGAUUGAAAACACAGGUACCAACGUAACCGGCACGCCACUGGAGAGGCUCCAAAGAUCUGCAAGCGAUGGAGCUCUGACUACAGCUCCGCAAAGUAAAAGCGUGGAGGAGAAAGGUCUGAUAGAGGAAGCACGUGAAGCUGUGGAAGCCCUGGUUACAGAAAGACCAGAAGAGCCCAGCAGUCAUCCUCAGAGCCCUCCUGCCCUCCCUUCUAGCCCAACCUCGGACGUCCAGCCCUUGGGGAGAGGAAACAUCGUUCUCAACGGCCAGGCAGAACUCAUCCCUUUGAAGAACCUAGAGGUGGAGUUGUCUAGCGCGCUGCAUAUCACAAAGGAUGCCACCAAGGAAGCUCUGCAUGUGACUAUGGACCUCACCAAAGAAGCCAUGUCUAUAACAAAAGAUGCUCUGAGCUUGAGCCGGGAGAAGAUGACCUCCACCAUGCAGAAAAUGCUCUCUCUCCCCCCAGCCAAGGAUUCUUUGCCCAAAGCAGAAGAGGGAGCAGUGACUCCAGGUGGGGGUGGCAGCAGCCGAAUGCGUUUCUUCUCCAUGAAGAGGACAGCGUCCCAGCACUCCUUUGACACCACGUCUGUGGAUGGGAGCGGUCCCGAGGACGGGCUGUCCGUGGACAGCGAUGGCAGCGAUGGCUUUGUGAUGCUCACGGAUUCUGAGCCCAGCCUGGACCCUCUUCCCCCAGGGCACCUCCUUCAGACCCACAACAACACGGGCAGUAGAGCAAGCCUGAUGGCAGAGGAUGAGGGUGCAGUGUCUCCUGAAAUAAACAGCUCGACUUCACAGAGCGGAGAGGAGCCCAGCCUUCAGCUGGUGUCAGUCCUGGUACUGAAGAUGAAUGAGGUGAACUGUGGAAUAGAGGCACGAGGUGACGAUUUGUCUGUUGCUUUACAAGUAAUGAAGGUGGUCCCGGAGCAACUGAACAACGUUGGAAUGUGGCAGUACUUGCGUGGCUAUGUGGGAGAUACAGGUGUGGAGAAGCCUUCAGUCCCUGAAGCUAAUAAGACCCAGCCAGAAGUGUGUUUGCGUCUCGAAGUAGGACCUAACGCCGCUGUGCACUCACCACUUGCUGUUCAGAAUGGCUUCCUUCAUAUGCUGGUCCACAGUUACAGGGCAGAGCUCUUCAUGUCUUUCCUCACCAACCUCGGCCCUUUUCUCGAGGAUGAAAUAAUCCCCGAGGUGAUCCCCAUGGAGAUAGAAGUUGUGGAUGCCAAAAUCACGCUGAAGGAUGACAGCCCUCGGGUAUACCCUACCUCCCCUGGCCCUGUUCCUAUCACCUUGGCAGUAGAUCACAUCGUCGUGAAGCGCAGAGAUGAUGGGGUUUUCUAUCUAUCAGCUCCAGGACAGGAGGACUCACUGGGACUGGAAAAACCUGAACCAGUUGUUCAAGACCAGAAGGCCCCAGCAGAGUGUGUCUUGGCAGCACCCCCAGGAGGAGUGCGUGGACUGCAGCUAAAGGACCUGCCAGAGUUGCAAAGGGAACUUCAGACCGUGAAAAUAGCCCUUGCAGAAGCCAACAUGGACAAGGCUCGCCUUCUGCAGGAAAUUAGGAAAUACAAUCCCCUCUUCCAGCUCUGACAGCGAAGGUGCAGGCUGCAGCUGCUCGGGAGGAGUGGAGCCCACCACCAGCACUAAGGCGGCUAGUUUGAUUACCUUGCUGCUAAACGGGUCAACCUCCUGCAGACUGAUCGUCUCAGAGAAUGGAAACCAACUGUGACUGCAAAAUACACUUGGAACCGGGAGAAAGGACGAAAAGCGUGGCUGAGCAACACCGAAGGAACCAGGGGGAUUUACCGCUUGCUGCCACUUUCCUCUGUCCUGGCAAUAUGGUGCUACCAUCUGUCACUGACCCAGGGCAGUGCUCGGUCUACAAACAAGAGGUCAGAAGCUGGUGCGGGGACCCCACGUCUCUCCGUCCAUGCAGUGGUAGUGACAGCUUGCUUUCAGCCCUCAUCUCCCAUCUAGAGAUGGUUGAUGCGGGGGUUUUGCUUCUUUCAGCCUUCCUCUUGGUGUUCUUGCCCACCCACGCGUGCUAAAGAACACAGCAAAAGGAGGACAGCUGGCUUCACCCCAUCAAGGAGUGACAGGGAAUAGGUAUGGCAGAAAACGUUGCUCAGAGCUCUGAUGUGAAAGGUCGUGUGUUGGCAGAGACAGACUUAGGUCAGCAGGUGUGGGAGAUGCAGAGGGGAUUUCCUCCUUGUGGAGGAAGGGGGCUACAGCUCAUCAUCCCCUCAAGAGCAGGGCCAGGAUAGUAAAGAAAUUUCUUCAGUUUUCUUUUUCCACCAGUAAUUUGUCAUGUCAGGACAGAAUCAGGAGCAUAUUAGACUUGGUCUAGUUCAUUCUCAGUCCUGCAAUAUUUGGCUUCACGGAUGCAGAAGCACAGAGGAAUUCACUAUUUCAUUACAAAGCACUGUUUAACCUUUCUUUAAUUUUACAGUCAAAGAAUCGGGGUGAAGGAAGCUGGCUAAGUCAUGGAAGGAGAAGCCCUAUGCAUUUCCUUUGGGCUGUGCAUUGUCCUCAAACCCUUCUGUGCUGGAGUUUCAUCAGUGGAGAGAGGGAAAGCAGCACUGGCCGCACAGAGAGAGUGCUGUCUGCUUUCCUACAGGGUCAUGUAUUUUUAAUAGCACUGAGCUCAUACCCAGUCUUAAAUGUCUUUUAGCAGGGAUGCUGGUGUGUGGGUCAGGAGAAGGGUGCUGGCCAGGUCCCUCUGGGUGGAGGCUGACGCUAUGAACCGCUCACUGUGGGAUGGAGACGAAACAGUAGGUAUUUGUUGAGCAUCGUUUGCGUUCUCACCUUUCAUGAAGCAGCUUCCUUGGAGAAGUCUCUGUGGUCAAACAGCGAUCGAUCUCAUUUAUAAAGAAACUGCAUUUAAAAGUGUGGAGGGAAAAAAAAAAAAGGAAAACACUAGAAAAACAGGAAACGAGCACUAGUUUUAAAAAAGGAAAUGUCAUUUAUGAAGUGUGAGAAUCAAAUCCACUCCGAGAGGCAAACUGCUGCGAGGUUUCUUUGCUCUGCUAGUCCAGGUAGUACGUGGUCUGUGCACUGAGCAAAGAAGCUGCUGAAAAGGGCGGUCGUGAAGGGAAAAGCUGUUACAGAGGAGAAUCUGCUCUGUUCUAACAGGGAGUGGUGAAACUUCCAGCCCAUCUACGUUAUGGAUGGAUGCCCGUUCCUUCCCCUGUUACACGUAGCAUUUUACUGUGUGCAGAGUUCGUUUGAUUUUAUCAUAUUUCAAGCUUGGAUUUGGAUUUUUCCAGAUACCUGUGGUGUCUGUGUGGAGGCACGAUUUCCGGUGCACAUGCUUCUCAGUGCAUGUCAAACAGAGUAGCGAUUGCCACGCACUGUGUGCUAGCAGAGGUGACAGA